AUGGAGAUCAAUCUUAGAAAAAACCCUCAUGAUCCUUCGCACUACCUACAUUACGUCAAUCUCCGAAGUACUAUCACCAUCAUGCUCCAAGACCCUACUGUGCAGAAAAUUGUUGAUGCAUCUUUCCUCGUUGAAGACUCUGAUGGUUCUAUCUUGAAGGACUAUACUGAUGGCCUAGUGUUUAGAAAUAGCAACACACCACCUAAAAGAAUUGACCUUCUCCUCUUUAUGGAUUCUUGUGGCUUCUCAGAUGGACUUAAAAGUGCAAAACACAAGCACAAACUGCAUGGUAUGUACAUAACACUUGGAAACUUAAAGCCCUAUCAGAGAUCGCUUUUGAAAGCCAUUCGUUUGGUUUCAUUUGUUAAUAAUGACUCCCUCAAGAAUGAAAGAAUGUACCAUAAAGUGUUCGAAAGAAUUCUGAAGGAUUUGAGAGAACUAGAAGACACUGGUAUCUCAUACAAGAAUGAAAUAAUUCCAGUGAGGCUCCAGUUUAUACAAGGUGACAACCUAGGACAGGCAACUCUUUCUGGCAUGGUUGAGAGUCCAACUGCACAUUAUUUCUGUAGGUUUUGUAUGAUCACAAAAGCACAGUUCAAAGAAGAUGCAUCUCAGGACCGUCCAGUUUUUCGCAAGGCAGAAAUGAGAACUCCCCAGCUAUUUGAAGAACAUCUUCGCACAAAAAUAGCAACCAGUGCUGAUAGUGUGUGUGGUGUCAAGAGAGAUUCCCCUUUCCAUGAACUGGCUCACUUCAAGGUAUGCGAUCCUCGACUUGCUCCUUGUAUUUCUCAUGAUCUCUUUAUUGAUGGAGUUGCUGAGAACGACCUGACUGCUAUGAUAAAUUAUUUCAUAAGGAAGGGAUGGUUUACUCGAGAUGAGCUGAAAAUGCGCAUCAAAGGCUUCAAGUAUUUGGAAACCGAUGCUCGGAACAAGCCAUCAAGUGAUUGCUCAGAAGCCAAGUUGGGUGGUCAUGCCAUCCAAAACUGGAACCUAAUUCGCCUUCUGCCAUUUCUUAUUGGACACAAAGUUAAUGUUAAUAAUAAAGUGUGGAAGCUGUACCUUCUUUUGAAAUCCGUUGUAGAGCGUGUUUGUGCUCCUGCUCUGGCUAGAACCCAAGUGAAUGAAAUGAGAGUCCUCAUAGACAAGUAUUUGAAGAAGAGAAAGCGACUCGGAAAUAAAUAUAAGCCUAAAUCGCACCUGCUCUCCCACUAUCCUGAUCUGUUUUUUCUCUUCGGGCCUUUAGUCCAUCUAUGGACAAUGGCUUUUGAACAUCGACACCAGUAUUCCAAGAGAGUUGCAAGGAUGUGCCGAAACUUUAUUAAUUUGGGCUCGCUUCUUUCCUCGAAAUUUCAACUGCUUCAAGCAUAUCAAAACAUGGGACCUCUCUUUCCAACCAGACCUGUCUUCUCAAAAAGCUCACCUCUACAAGUGGAAGAAUAUGAAAAAACCUACAAGCUGUAA